GGCGAUGUAAAUCACGUGCUUCCCUCCAACAACACCGCCCCGCCACGACUAUACCCCAUAAAACAAUCCACAUUUUCCCUGUCUCAAAAGACUAUAUAAAAAAGAAGAGAGAUCAAUUCGUGUUUUUCGUUUACUUUUUCCCCCUUGUUUUCGCUCGUAUUUUCCUUUUCUUUUUUUUCAAAAAAAUAAAGCAAUAAUGUCUACUUUGCCUUUACCUCUCUCGUUCUUUAGGUUGAGCGGCACAUCCACUAGGGAUCUUCCAUUUCCUUCCUCGCUUAAACGUUCUUCGGUGUCUUUUCCUUUGAUUCCGUUUAGGCGGCUAGAGCUGAUUCGAUCUACUUCCGGAAUGACGAUAUCUAGGAGUUUCUCUUUCGUGUUUUGUUCAUUGAAAGCUAAAGCAGCGGCUGAGCUCGUUCAAGAUACGGAAUCCGGUAUACCUGCCGUUGGUCGUAGUGGAGGUGGAAGGGCAACGGAGGUUGAGCAUUCUCGUACCUUUCUUGAAGCUCGAUCCGAGCAAGAACUCCUAUAUGGCAUAAGGAAGGAAUUAGAAGCAAAAAGGGUACAUCCAAAUAUUGCAGCAGGAAUGAAAGAACUUUAUCAGAAUUAUAGAAAUGCGGUUUUCCAAAGUGGAGAUCCUUCAGCUGCUGAGACUGUGAUGUCAAACAUGGCUGUUGCAUUUGAUCGUAUACUUUUGGAUGUGGAGGAUCCUUUUGUCUUUGAACCCUACCACAAAGCUUUGCGAGAGCCAUUUGACUACCACAUGUUUGUUCAAAAUUAUAUUCGGCCUUUGAUUGAUUUCAGGAAUUCAUACAUUGGCAAUCUUUCUUUUUUCUAUGAAAUUGAAGAAAAGCUUAAGCAGGGUCAUAACGUUGUACUUAUAUCUAACCAUCAAACUGAAGCUGACCCAGCCAUCAUUGCAUUGUUGCUUGAGAAAACAAAUCCACGUAUUUCUGAGAACAUGAUCUAUGUUGCAGGGGAUAGAGUCAUAACAGAUCCUCUUUGCAAGCCUUUCAGCAUGGGAAGGAAUCUUAUAUGUGUGUACUCCAAAAGGCACAUGUAUGAUGUUCCUGAGCAUGUUGAGAUGAAAAGAAGAGCAAACACAAGAAGUUUGAAAGAGAUGGCUUUGCUGCUAAGGGAUGGCUCGAAAAUAGUGUGGAUUGCACCAAGUGGUGGCAGGGACCGCCCAGAUCCCCUUACAGAAGAAUGGUUUCCAGAUUCCUUUGAUUCCUCUUCAGUGGACAAUAUGAGAAGGCUCAUAGGACGAUCAGGUGCAGCAGGGCAUAUAUAUCCCUUGGCUCUAUUGUGCUAUGACAUCAUGCCCCCUCCACCCAAGGUAGAAAAAGAAAUUGGAGAAAAAAGAAUCAUGUCUUUUCAUGGGGCUGGAUUGUCGGUGGCACCAAAAAUCUGCCCUUCCGAAAUUGCUGUUGCUGGUAAAAUGUCUGAAGAGGCUAAAGAUACAUACGCACAAGCUCUGUAUAAGUCGGUGACCGAGCAAUACAAUGUCCUCAAAUGCGCCAUACAUGGGAAACAAGGGUUUGCGGCAUCAAGCAUAGGCAUCUCUUUAUCGCAGCCAUGGAACUAGUCAAAACCUUAUUAUGAUCUCAACAUCCGGUAAUAGGUAUUGACUUAAAAUGUGCUUUCUGCAGUGUUAGAAUGAGCACCUCCUAAUGUAAUAUAUUAUUCGAUUUACUUGGUGCCAGGUCAUUUCCAUUGCAUAUAUUUUUGACUCGUUAACAGGAAGCCAUCAUAUAUGUAGAUAAAAGAAUGCCCCGCAAGACGAACAAUAUAUGUUACUCGAUACCCAUUGAUAACUUAAAACAGUAGAUACCUUUUACGUGAAGCUGAAUCCAUCAGAAACUGAAGCUAUGCCGAAAAUCUGCUUCAGGUUUGCUUUUGUACAGACCUUACUUCCUAGAAAGAAUCAAAACUUAUAGCAUACAGCAAAUUCUUACGUGUAUAUGAUCUUUAUUCAAAUUCGAUGCGGCACAUCAUAUUUUCUGA